AUGUCCGCUCCAACAGGUAUCCAAACCUACACUUCAGCGCCUGUGAACUCCAACAAGGAGGAAGAAGGCACGCAUGCAACAACCUCGCAGCCCGAACCCGCCACCGCAAUCGAGUCACCAGCAAGCGCACCCUCAACACCUCCACCAGCACCCGCAACAACAACAACCGCCCAGCCCAGCUCCCCAGAACCAGCACCACCGCAGCCAGGCGCCACAGCAGUGCAACCAACCCCAACAGCAACAGCCGCGCCUGAAGCACCACCACCAACAACCUCCUCCCCCGAGACAGCAACAUCCACAACCCAGACACCACCCGCACCCCAACCGGGCGCCCUCCCAUCACCAUCAACUACAUACACAGGCGCAGCAGCGCCCCACUCCUCUUCAAUCCCCCCACCCCCAAAGGUCGGCGAAGCCGUCUCCCAACCGCCUCCACCACCAGCCCAGCCAACCCAGCAAAGCUACAGUCAAUCCUACUCCUACAACGCGCCCACACUGGGUGCGCAGACUACAAUCCCGAACUCUACCUCCGCGUCUUACUCGUCUGUGUACCAGACGCAGGCGGGAUCAUACGCUCGUCCGCAAACGCAGACUCUGCCGCUGCACUACGGUGCGGGUGCUGGGUCUGGGUCUGGAUCUGGAGGUGGGGCGGAUAGUAUCUUCCCCGAAGAGGAAGAGGGAUUUAUGGGUGCUGCGAAGGGGUGGAUGAGGUGGUCUGGCAAUAAGUUGGCGGAGGUUGAGAAGGGGGUUUGGAAGAAGAUUAAUGAUGUUCAUGGUUAG